CAGGUAAGACAGGUGAAACUUUUUUUUGCCUCAAAACAUCGCUCCAGAAGGAAGCUCAGAAGGAAACUGAAGUUGCUGUGCACCUCGUAUCAUCCAGAAUUUUCAAACCAUCAAUCCACUAUCUAAACGAUGUCUUCAAACAUCAGUGAAGCCACUUUCCCACCUGUUCCCAAACCUCGUGCACGAUAUAAAUUAAAAAAGGGACUACGAAGCCAUUCGGCCUCCUUUGACAGUGAUUCUGUGUGGUAUGAUUCAGAAACACCAUCAACACAAGUUGUGACCAAUGAGGAGAAUGCUGUGCCGCUCACUGUUCCCUCCACGGAUGUGCCUGAAGAACUGCAUAUCAGUCCAAGCCAGCAGCAGCUCCUACAGAACUCGGACCAGAACUCUGUGAUAAACCCGACCUCACCAACAUGUCCGACUUCCACGGAUGUACCAGGUGAACUGCCUAUUGAUCAAGGUCAGCAACAGCUUCCAGAGAGCUUGAACCAGAGCUCUGUGGCAACUCCGACCACACCGACCUACCCGACCUUACCAACAUGUCCGCCUUCACCUCCACUCAACCCUGUUGGGGUUGCAGAGACUGAACCUACGGCAGCAGUGUCUGACUCCUCCAACGAUGAGGAGGCAGAGGUACCGAUGACCCCGGACUCACUGAAAUCAGAUGAGGAGCUUAUCAGUGGGGAUGCAGGAGAGAUUGACGCCUCCCGAGAACCCACUUACGUAUCCGUCGUUCCUGAUGGCCGGGCCAGCAUAUUUAACUUUGGGAUGAUCGCACAGGCCUCCUUGAAGGGAUCAGAAAAACAAAUAGAAGCCCAGCUUACGAAGCAGAAAACACCACGGGUGGCCACUAUUCGCGUGAGCAGAAAAAAGCAAGGGCGUGCUGGGUUAGCAAAAGACACCCAGCCGGCAGAGGUUCGACACAAAGGGACCGUUGUGUCUCGGUCCAGCUGGCUGGACGUAUGGAAGGGGCGAAAGCAUAACGUGUUAUGGGCAACUCUGGAUGGACAGCUGAUGUCAUUGUGGAAAAAGCGCACAGACAAGUUCACGGAGUAUGUGUUUCACGUGUCGAGCAUCAGCGCUGUCACCAAGCAAGGCAAGGGUCGCUUCUCGAUCCACUUUGGCAAGAAGCACUUUGAAUUCAUGGCACACGACGAAGCUGUGCAGGAGGGCUGGGUCUCCUCUCUCCAUGCCACGCGGGGAACACAGCCUCUGCCCCCACCUGACCAUCACAGCUCUCUGACCAUGAAGGACCCACGCACCAAGGUGUAUGCUGCCAUCUGUGGCCACAACUUGUGGAUCUACAGCAAAAAAGAGGACUUCAACUUGGGGAUAGGCAUGACCUGUGUAUCCAUGAAUGUGGCCUCAGUCAAGCAGACAGGCAGACAUGGUUUCAGCCUCAUCAGCCCAUACAAGACAUUCAACUUCUCCGCAGAUUCAUCUAAGGAGUUGACAACGUGGCUCAACUGCCUGAACCAGGGCAUCAUCAAUGCCCUGUCCUGCAGUGAGGUAGCCCAGCGCCUGUGGGCCAGCCCCUGGAACAAAGUGUGCGGAGACUGUGGCAGUGCCAACCCCGAGUGGGCCUCCAUCAACCUGCUGCUGGUCAUCUGUGAAGACUGCGCUGGCCAGCACAGAGCCUUGGGAGCAAGCAAGUCCAAAGUGCGAAGCCUGAAGCUUGACAGUAAGGUGUGGACAGAAUCCCUAAUAGAGCUCUUUGUAGCACAUGGAAACAAAGCAGCCAAUGAUGUUUGGGGUUACAACAUACCUGCUGCUGAGCAGAUUCUGCCAGACACAACUCCCAGUGAAAGAGAAGCUUUCAUCAAAGCCAAAUACAUCAGAGGCCUUUACCGGAGAUCCCACCCACUGGCCUCCAACAGAGAUCUCCUCGAACAGAGGCUGUGCGAGGUGGUGUGUGGGCCAGAUGUGUCAGAGACGCUGUCGCUUAUCUGCUCCGGGGCACGGGUGCUCUGCAAGACUGUCGACGGGCCUAUCGCGCUGGCAGAGCAGGCCGGGCAAGCCUUACAGGUGGAGCUCCUGAGGCAUAAUGAAUUUUUGGAGGCUCCCAACUAUGACCAGAUAGUGCCUUCCAAGGAUAAUCCAGCGUCUGGAGCAGGCCUGGAGGAGCUGCACGGGAAGCUUCAGGACGAACGGCUCCUCUUCUCCCAGGAGAACGACUCAGCAGCCUGUGACGUCUUGGACCUGAGGGAGGUCAUCGCCGUCUACGACCGAUCCGAGGGGUCAAAGUAUGAGUUUGACAUGUUGACACUGACAGAUAAGCUUGUCUGUAAUGCAAACACGCUGGACAUUCUGCUCAAUCACCUUCUUCACAUCCUAAAGGUGGUGCUCCCGUGCCCGGUGGAGGACGCGGAGGUGAGCGGGAUCUUCGCGGCGUCCAGGGUGUCGGUGCGCGAGGGGGGCGGCCUGCAGCACACGGAGGCCUGGGUCGCCAUCAGAGACGGCGAGGUGCUCUUCUUUCCCACGGAUCCUCAGAAACCCAAAGAGAGGCUCGCGCUGUCCACAGUCCAGCGCCAUGACCAUAACUCCACCGAGCACACAAUCGAGAUGGCUCUCGGGGAGAGGACGGUGUCACUGCGCUUUGAGAAACAGAGUAGCUGCACCAGCUGGUACGCUCUCUUGCAGAGGGCCAUCCUGUCCCCUUCCAGAGAGAGCCAGAGCCAACCCUCGCUCGCUCAGCUCCACACUGUCUGUGACACAGUGCCCCCAGCCGUCGAGAGGUGCAUCUCCCACAUCAAUACACACGGUCUGAAGGUGGAGGGCCUGUACAGGCGCUGUGGCGUUGCCACUAAGACCACUCAGCUGGUGGAGGCUCUGAGCAGCUCUCCCAGCACCGCUGUACUGGGCACGGACGAGCAGGGCGUUCUGGACGCGUGCAGCGCGCUCAAACAGCUGCUCCGCCAGCAGCCCGAUCUCAUCGCCCAGGACAAGAAACCGCAGUGGGUCAAAGCAGCAGCUGGGCCUCAUGAGGCUCUCAGGCUGCAGGGCUACUGUCGGCUGAUGAGGCAGCUUCCCUCGGAGAGCAGGGCCAUGCUGGAGGCUCUGUGUGGACACCUCUACCUGGUUCAGAUGCACAGCCAGGAGAACCGGAUGACGGCCCAGAACCUGGCCCUGGUGUUCGUUCCCACGCUCUUCCAGGAGCUGGCCAUGAGCACAGAUAUGGUGCGACUCACCAGAGAACUCAUCAUCCACCACACCCUCAUCUUCCAGAAGAGCAUGGAGAUGUCUGAAGAGGAUGCCGGGACAGACAAAGUAGACGGAGAACAGGAGGAAAUCAUCACCGUCUUCUGAAAUGUGACGAGCACCUGUCUACCCAGGAGUCACCACAGACGCACUUUGUCUACAACAGUAGGUCAAGAGGACUGCUGAGACUAAUAUUCUCAUUGCAUUUAGGGUUCAAAGCCAUGAAGAUGCUUUAACUCGCACAAGUUCUUUUCGUGCCUGUUAUUGUUUAUUGUUACAGAGAUUCACAGAUACCUCACAUGUAUAAGUCUGAGCCUUAUCUGUAUAUGUAUUUGUCUGUUUGUUGGGUUUGGUUGACAUAUUCCAUAUUGCACUGCUCUUUAAUAAAAAAGACAAUGCUGUCUUACAAUGCUA